AAAUUAUUUAAAAUAGCAAACACCAGUAUGACAGAUUUCGCAUUAACAACAUUUAGUAGUAAAGGAAAACUAUUAUAAAUUGAAUAUGCACUUAAUGCAGUUGCAAAAGGUGAUACAGCAAUAGGAAUUAAAGCUAAAAAUGGUGUAGUUUUGGUAGUAGAGAAGAAGCAAUCAUCAAUAUUGGUUGAAGAAUAAAGUGUUCAAAAGAUUGCCCCUUUGACAGAUAAUAUAGCUGCGACUUAUGCAGGAUUGGGUCCUGAUUUUAGAGUUUUAUCAUAAUAAGCAAGAAAAUUAGUGAAGAAAUAUGAUUUAAAAUAUCAAGAGGAAAUAUUUGUAUAAACAUUAAGUAGAGAAUUGGCAGAAGUAAAAAAUGUAUAUAAUAAAUUAGGAUGUAUAAGUGGCAACUUAAAGAGGUGGUAUUAGACCAUUUGGAGUAUCAAUUUUAAUAGGAGGAUAUGAUGAAGAAGGUCCUCAUUUAGUUUAACUUGAUCCAAGUGGUGCUUAUUAUAGUUGGAAGGCUACAGCAAUUGGAAAGUAAGCAAAGAAUGCAAAGGCAUUUUUAGAAAAAAGAUAUAAUGCUGAUAUGGAAAUUGAAGAUGCAAUUAAUACAGCAUUAUUGACUUUGAAGGAGGGUUUUGAAGGUAUUAAUAAAAGUUUAAUUUGUAGGCCAAAUAACACCAACAAAUAUAGAAGUUGGAGUAAUCAGAGAUGAUCAUGUAUUUAGAAUAUUACCUCCAUCAUAAGUAAAGGAUUAUUUGGAAGAGUUAGAAUGAUAAUAUAUUAUUAUUA